UUUUUUUUUUUCUCUUUUCUUUUCAUUUUGACAGUUCGACUAUAUUACACUCUAAUGUUUACCCUCAUUCGACAACAAACAACACAAAGCAUUUAUACCAAACAAGUUGUACGACUUGUAAGUACACAAUCAGGCAAUACUAGUCAUAGUUCUGGUGACAAUCGCCUUGAAGUCAUUCGUAGAGUUCUUUUCGAAUCACCACAACGACCUAGCAUUGUUUCUUUGGAAGGUGAAGCUUUACAACAACACGACACUAUCGAACGAGCUUGGAAAUUACAUACCAUGCGUGAACGUGAACGAAAGCAACGUACAUUGGAAAAACAAUUCCGCUCUUUGCAUCAAGCCAUGAGUGAACUGGAAAAAACAAGCGACCGUUUAUUCAAAGGUGCUAUAGUCAAGAGUCGUCAUAUUACUUAUCCCAAGCAAGCCAAGAUUCCAACGGAAACACCUCCUACUCAAGUAUGGGAUUACAAUUACAAAGCUCCUUCAGACAGUGCCUAGAUCGUAUUUACCAUUACCCAAAGUACUCUUCAUGUCAACAAAUCACACCAACAAAGCUUGCAACAAGAACAACUUUCCUCUCUCUCUCUCUCUCUCUUUCUCCAUUAACCCUCCUUAUCUUCUCUUUCACUUAGUAUAGCAAAACAUCAUCAUUUCCGUCUUC